CUCUCUCUCUCUCUCUCUCUCUCUCUCUCUCUGUGAAGCUUUCCUUCAAAACUCUCAUGGCUUCUUGUAAAGUCCAGAGCGUGCCCAGAGCAUCAUCCGACCAACUCCUUCGGAAAUUCGCCGAUUUGGAUUCAGAAAUUGACCGCAAUCCAUCUGAAAAGGCUGAAUCCAACGGCCGAAGACGCCGAAAGAGAUCGAGAACUGCCAGCGAUAAAGAUCAUUGCGAGAGCCCCACCAAAAAUGGCAGCCUGGUGGAGCGGAAAUUGCUGCUGCCGCCAGCCAAUCGACGGUCGGCAUUGAUUCGGCAGCUCAGGAUUGGCCCGCCAGUGUUGCGAUCCAAGGAGAUGUUCAUUGGCCGAUCUUUAAUGGCAAAGAUUGAAAAGACAUGGCGGAAAACCGUUGAAGGAGCUUCGAAAAUCUUCAUCGAAAAGCAUUGCAACCAGCACGUUCGUCUCCGAAAUGAAUUCGUCUAGUUGCAGAGUUCUAUAAGCUGGCAGUUAAUUUCUGCCAUUGAUAUUAAUUCUUUUAUUUAUUUUUUUUAAUAAACAAAUAAAAUUUCAUUUAGAUAGAUUGCCAAUGACCUUCUAUUUAGUAUAAUGAGGCUGUAAUUUGUAACCGUUUUUUAAAUCCAAUGAAGAUAUUUGCAAA